UGUCCGUCAAGUAUUUAACAUAGAAGAAGAAAAGCGAUACGUCAUGGCGGCUGACAGUUUACGAUGAUUUAACGAAAACAGUAAAGACUCGUGCAAGUUGGAUUUAAAGCGUUUAAACCGGACGCAGGAAUAAUAAAACCCCACCGACAAAAUGCUAAUAACUUUGAAGACCUUACAGCAGCAGACUUUCAAAAUCGACAUCGAUGAAGAGGAGACGGUGAGGACAUUGAAAGAGAGGAUUGAGCAGGAAAAGGGGAAGGAAAUCUUUUCAGUUGCCGGACAGAAACUGAUUUAUGCUGGAAAAAUCCUCAGCGAUGACUCACCGCUCAAAGAAUACAAAAUCGACGAGAAGAACUUUGUGGUCGUCAUGGUGACAAAGCCUAAAAAAGCCCCCGCUGCCUCACAGCCUUCAACAGCAGUGCCAGCUCCCAGCACUACAGCUCCAGCUGCACAGUCUGAUUCAUCAUCCACUUCAGACAAACCAGCAGAGCAAUCUUCUACAGACGACAAACCAGAGGAGAGCCAGCCUUCAACAACUGAAGCAUCUUCCACUUCUGUCGGACGCUCUGGAGAUUCAACAAACUUAAUCAGUGAAGCAGUUUCAAAUCUAGUGACAGGCUCUUCAUAUGAUGCCAUGGUGAAUGAGAUGAUGCUCAUGGGCUACGAGAGGGAGCAGGUGGUGGCUGCUCUGAGAGCAAGCUUUAACAACCCCGACAGAGCUAUGGAAUACCUCCUCACAGGUAUCCCAAGCAGAAAUCAGGGUAAUGCAUCAGGUCGUGAUGCAGCGGCGCCUCCAGCGAGUGGAGCUCCAGCUGCACCUGCAGGCAAUGCUAGUGCUCCUGCCAAUACUAGGUCUUCACCAAGUGCUGGGGGAGGCAAUCCACUGAACUUCCUAAGAAAUCAGCCCCAAUUCCAGGUGAUGCGACAGCUGAUCCAGCAGAACGCAGCCCUUCUUCCCGCCCUGCUGCAAGAGAUCGGCAGGGAAAAUCCAGAGCUGCUGCAGGAGAUCAGCAGCCACCAAGAGCAGUUCAUUCAGAUGUUAAAUGAACCCGUCCCAGAGCCAGUGCCAGGAGGUGGCAGCAGUGGAGCAGGAGGAGGAGGAGGAGGAGGUGGCGGCGGCGGAAAUCAAAUGAACUAUAUCCAGGUCACACCACAGGAGAAGGAGGCCAUUGAGAGGCUAAAAGCCUUAGGAUUUCCAGAGGGACUUGUUAUACAAGCCUACUUUGCUUGUGAGAAGAAUGAGAACUUGGCUGCCAACUUCCUUUUACAACAGAACUUUGAUGAGGAUUAAACAAGCCAUCUUCAUACCACUUUCUCUAUGUUUUGAUUGCAGAUUUUUUUGAUAAAUGUGCACAAUAAGCCUUUUAGUUUCCAAAAAAACUAUUUUAUUCACCACUUCCACAUUCUACUUUCUUUGUAACACUGGAUCUUAUCAGCUGGUGGCUGCUGUACGAGGGGAGGAUUUUGUUUGUUAUUGGUUAAAAAUGAAGUAAAAAUUUAAGUACAAUAAUUUUGCAUCAGAAAUAAUCUGUUUAUUAUUAUUUGUGAUACUUAAGACCAGUAUGUUUUAUGUUAAGUUUUUUUCUGUUAUGUGAGAUGAGUUCUGGGUUCAUCUGAAAGGUUCUGACAGUAUUCAUGCACUCUUAUUUGAUUUUUGGAGUUGACUUAAAAUGGAGAUUUGAAAAAUUAAAGUGUUCAACACAAGCAA